GCAGGUCUAGCUCUGCAGCUGAGCAGGCGUGAAUGGUUCCGUGUGAAUUGCUCUGUGUGCUGCCGUUUGGUGCGGUGAGGAGAGCUCCGGCAAGCUCUGCAACCACAGCAUGGAUGCAGUGACCUUUGAUGAUGUGCAUGUGAAUUUCACUUCAGAAGAGUGGGCUUUGUUGGAUCCUUCCCAGAAGAGUCUUUACAAAGAUGUGAUGCUGGAGACCUACUGGAAUCUCACUGUUACAGGUUACAUUUUGGAAGACCAUAAUAUUGAAGAACAUUUUCAAAGUUCUAGAAGACAUGGAAGACCUGAAAGAAGUCACACUGGAGAGAAAACCUAUGAAGAUAUUAAGUAUGGUGAAGCCUUUAUAUAUCACAGUAGUCUCCAAAUACAUAAAAGAAUUCAUACUGGAGAGAAAUUUUAUGAAUGUAAGCCAUGUGGUAAAGUCUUUGCAUAUCACUGCCAUCUUCGAAUACAUAAAGGAAUACAUACUGCAGAGAAACUUUAUAAAUGUAUUCAGUGUGGUAAAGCUUUUUCAGAGCAUAAUACUCUCCAAAGACAUAGAGCAACCCAUGCAGAAGAGAAACCCUAUGAAUGUAAUCAAUGUGGUAAAGCCUUUGCACGCCAUAGUAGUCUUAAAAAUCAUGAACGAACUCAUAUCAGAGAGAAAACUUGUAAUGAAUGUGAUAAAGCCUUUUCACAACACUGUUAUAUAAAAAUACAUAAAAGAAUACACACUGGAGAGAAACCGUAUGAAUGUAAUCAGUGUGGCAAAGCUUUUGCAUGUCUCAGCAGUCUCCGAGUACAUGGAAGAACACAUACUGGAGAGAAACCCUACAAAUGUAAUCAAUGUGGUAAAGGCUUUGUAAGUCAGAGUCAUCUUACAAGACAUAAAAGAACACAUACUGGAGAGAAACCCUAUGAAUGUACUCAAUGUGAUAAAGCAUUUUCAGACCACCAUACUCUCCGAAUGCAUGAAAGAACACAUACUGGAGAGAAACCCUUUGAAUGUAACCAGUGUGGUAAAACCUUUAAACUACACAGUCAACUCCGAAUACAUAAAAGAACACACACUGGAGAGAAGCCCCACGAAUGUAAUCAAUGUGGUAAAACCUUUGCAUGUCCCAGUAGUUUCCAAAAACAUAAAAGAAUACAUACUGGAGAGAAACCCUAUGAAUGCAAUCAGUGUCUUAAAACCUUUGCACAUCAUAAUCGUCUCCGAAUACAUGAAAGAACACAUACCGGAGAGAAACCCUUCAGAUGUAAUCAAUGUGGUAAAAUCUUUUCACAGUCCUGUAGUCUCCGAGUACAUAAAAGAACACAUACUGGAGAGAAACCCUAUGAAUGUAAUAAAUGUGGUAAAGCCUUUCCAUAUAUCACUAGUCUACGAAUGCAUAAAAGAACACAUACUGGAGUGAAGCCUUAUGAAUGUAACCAGUGUGGCAAAGCCUUUGGAUGUCACAGUCAUCUUCGGAGGCAUGAAAGAACACAUAUUGGAGAGAAACCUUAUUAAUAUAAGCAAUGUGGUAAAGCCUUUGUAUGCCACAGUAAUCUUCAAAGGCACAAAUGAAUUCAUACUGGAGAGAAACCUCAAGAAUAUAUUUAAUAUGGUGAAGGUUUUGCGUGGUUUUAUAGUCUUUGUCAUCAUAAAAGUACACAUGCUGGAGAGAAAUUUUAUGAAUGUAGGCAAUAUGGUAAAGUCUUUGUGUUAUGGGGCCCACUUAGACCCAACACAACUAAAAGACCACAUUAAUGCUGAUGACAGUUUAUUAUAAUCAAGCCAUUACUGAUCAAUCAGUACCAUAGAAUAUACUCAGGAGCUGAACUUGAACCCUGAGCCAGAAAUGUACCAGGGUUUAAAGCUUGAAAACCACAAACAUUUGUGCCAAGCUAUAGCAAUGUUUUCCUACCAAUCAGAUUUAGGACUUGUUCCUUAUGUAGUUGAUCUUUGUCAACUGAUGCAGAAUGUAGGUUUUACAGUUUAAAAAUUAUAUCCAUUUUCUCUUUGUGGCUAGAAACAGGCAUUGUGUUUUGGGGAACAAAAGAUGUGUAAGAGCUGAAAUCAGGGACCAGACAAGGCUGCCCCCUUUCUCCUUAUCUUUUCAAUAUUGUACUUGAGGUACUAGCUCGGGCAAUUCGACAACAUAAGGAGGUCAAAGGAUACAAAUUGGAAAGGAAGAAGUCAAACUAUCAUUAUUUGCAGACGACAUGAUAGUCUACCUAAGUAACCCAAAAAACUCCACUAGAGAGCUCCUACAGCUGAUAAACAACUUCAGCAAAGUGGCAGGUUAUAAAAUCAACUCAAGCAAAUCAGUGGCCUUCCUAUACUCAAAGGAUAAGCAGGCUGAGAAAGAAAUUAGGGAAAUGACCCCCUUCACGAUAGCCACAAACAGUAUAAAGUAUCUUGGGGUGACUCUUACCAAACAUGUGAAAGAUCUGUAUGACAAGAACUUCAAGACUCUGAAGAAGGAAAUGGAAGAAGACCUCAAAAAAUGGGAAAACCUCCCAUGCUCAUGGAUUGGUAGAAUCAAUAUACUUAAAAUGGCCAUUUUGCCAAAAGCAAUAUACAAAUUCAAUGCAAUACCCAUCAAAAUCCCAACUCAAUUCUUCACAGAGUUAGAAAGAGCAAUUAUCAAAUUCAUCUGGAACAACAAAAAACCCAGGAUAGCUAAAACUAUUCUCAGCAACAAAAGAAAAUCUGGGGGAAUCAGUAUCCCUGACCUCAAGCAAUACUACAGAGCAAUAGUGUUAAAAACUGCAUGGUAUUGGUACAGUGAAAGGCAGGAGGAUCAAUGGAACAGGAUUGAAGAUCCAGAAAUGAACCCACACACCUAUGGCCACUUGAUCCUCUUCAAAGAGGCUGAAAACAUCCAAUGGAAAAAAGAUAGCCUUUUCAACAAAUGGUGCUGGUUCAACUGGAGGUCAGCAUUCAGAAGAAUGCGAAUUGAUCCAUCCUUGUCUCCUUGUACUAAGCUCAAAUCCAAAUGGAUCAAGGACCUCCACAUAAAGCCAGACACUCUGAAGCUAAUAGAAAAGAAACUGGGGAAGACCCUUGAGGACAUCGGUACAGGGAGAAAGUUUCUGAACAGAACACCAAUAGCGUAUGCUCUAAGAGCAAGAAUUGACAAAUGGGACCUCAUAAAAUUACAAAGUUUCUGUAAGGCAAAGGCCACCAUCAAGAGGACAAAUCGGCAACCAACAAAUUGGGAAAAGAUCUUCACCAAUCCUACAUCAGAUAGAGGGCUAAUAUCCAAUAUAUAUAAAGAACUCAAGAAGUUAGACUCCAGAAAACCGAACAACCCUAUUAAAAAUGGGGU